AUGGAGGAGCAGAGUGCGUUGAUGCUUGAGAAAAUGCUUUUUACUUCGUCGAAACCGGAUGAGAAUGUGCAUCGAUGCGUCGUGGCGAUCGAUGACACACACGCGGCGUCGUUCCGCCAUGGGCAGCAUUCUAGGCUGCAAAUGAAUGAGACGGUGAUGCUGUACAACGUCUUGAAUCCUGUGAUACGAUACGAGUCGACGGUAGCGGCAGUGUCGGAAAGUUACGACAUCAUUGUAUUCAAGCUGAAGAAAGACAAAUUCGAGAGCUUUCCCCGCGGUGUGGGAAGGCUCUUCCGCGGAAGGGAAUAUCUGCAACUGGGAGUGGACUCACGCCGAGAGCCGAAUUGGAAGCAUGGGAUCAUUUCGCAUGAGAAAAGGGGUUUUUACGUCGGAACGUCACAUGGACAAGUGGGAGACUCGGGAUCGGGCAUUUUUGACUCUUCUGGACUCUUCCUUGGAAUAUCUGUUGGCAAGAAGUGUUUCUCUUUCUGCGAUUGGAAGAAUAUGCCGGUUGGAGAAAUCGCGGACCAUCAUCCAGACACUCAGAUCAUCAGUUCUGAAGUUAUCUUUGCGUUCUCGGGAAUUAUAGAUGACGAAGUAAUUCGAGCCAAACAAGGAAAGUGCGCUUGUCUCCACGGACAAGCGAUCUCCACGGAUUUUUUCUAA